CUUCUUCUUCGCAGCGUUACCGUCGCAGAUAUAAUAGGUUUAUAUCUGGGGUCUGUAUCGUCGAAUGCACAUUGAGGAGGGUGGACACCCGAGCAAUACAACAUGUGCGAGCUUCCAUCAAUUCCUCCCUGGGCCCGGAAAUUUCCAUGUUGAGUUUGGGAUCCAGGGAUUUUUCUGAGUUCAGAAAUCUUGUAGAAAGGGAGAAAAGAGUUAUCGCAAAUCCCACGCUCCUUGGCUGCCUUGCCAUCCCUACCGGUGCCUCGGUUCCUUAUAUCUCCAGGUCCAAGUUUGUUGAUACUCUCUCUGACCGGUUCGGCAUCUAUGCACCGGCCGUCCAACGCGGCCUAGUACUCUUAUAUCAAGUCUUUCUCCACUACUCCGAGUAUCCCUUUCCGGUUUCAGAUCCCAGUGGAAUCUCAUUUGGACCUUUCCUCCGCGGCACCAUACUCAUGGCCGGAUUAUAUGAGUGGAGCUCCCGGUCCGGUUGUAGCAGCCCUUGCCAGUAUGGUCCUCACAUGGGAAGCGCCUUGACAUAUCGAGCAGGAAGCCAUGCAGAUCAGCGACGGCGAAUGUUUCGUUUCCUAGCGACCCCUCUUCCCGACUGUGAAGCAGGACCAGGAAGGAAAGCCAAAGUUGGCAGUAAAGAAGAGACUGCAAACUUUACGGUGGUUGCAGUACCUCACUUCACUUAUGAUCUGGUUCCUGAGGGUCUAGUGAAGGGGUCUGAUGAAUAUAAGGCAGCCGCUGAAGAGGUCGUCAUUCAGGAUGAUGAGGAUGAGAGGGAAGUUGAUUUGCUGGAUGUCAUGAUCCAGACGUAUCCGAAGCCACCCAUAGUCGCGUCCAAGAAAGGGAAACGACCGUUGAGCACUUCUAACAAUGGGCCAUAUCGCGAUAGCUUUCUUAAUGUUCUACAGGCGUUACCCACUUAUGAGAAAUCUUUGAACCGACUGUGGAUUCAACUAGCUGACUGGAGGGAAUGGGUUAAAUUAAUGCUCCUUUCUACUUUUGGAGUCUUCAGCAGUCACCUAGACCGAAUGUACAUGGAGAAUGAGGCACUUGAGGAAGCUUUGGACGCGAUUUGCUUUGCAUUCGUUGAAGAUCCGGCAGACUCUCUAACUUGGGAAGCAUUUGACGCAGUCGUCGCUCGAACUAUGCCCGCACUCUUUGAAAAUCCUCCAGAUAAAGGCCUCUUGAACCUCUUCAGGCCCUUCAUCAGACCUUUGCACAACCUAGACUAUGAGACUCAGCUCCUUCCGCAGAUCCCGGACAGGAUCCUCACCUAUCCCCGCCUAGCACAGAUUCGUACCUUCUUCUCCCCUUGGGACCCCCUCUCGCAAACUAUGCUCUUCUUCAGUCAGGCACUCCGUCCAAUGAACUGCAGUGAUGUGGAUGGUUUUCGUAGCUGGACAGGUUAUCGAAUUCUCAUCAUCUCCGGUCAUGGACAAAGCCCUUCUUCAAACAGCAAAGCCCCUGAGCAGCGUCAAAGAUUUAUCGUCGGGGCAAUAAUCUGCGGUUCUAUAAGAGGGCCUGUCGCACUUUGCCCAGAGGGCCCAAAUAGCGAGGAGUGCAGAAUCCAACCUUUUCAGUUGUUCCCAGUGCAGAGGGUUUAUGGGUUUCAAAAGGAAGAGGUGGAGCUGGACCCCAGGUUGAAACUAAGUCUCCCGGUUGGGGUUGACUCUCGCAACUGGAAGAGCAUAACCAGUCCGACAGGGAAGACGAGAAUUGCAUAUUUGGAGGAUUUGAACGAGUGUAUAUUUGAGCAUGGAACAUGCCCUAGCGAGGAAGAUGAAGGUCAAAAGUGGGUUCCAUUUGGGAAGGGCGAGCCGGGGGUGGUGAAGAUCGCUGUUGAUGGUUGGGAGGUUUGGGGUCUGGGUGUCUCCUAGCUGGUUUUGAGGUGAGGAAUAGGAUUGUGGUGGGAUUCUUACCUCCUUUGGUUUGUUUUGGAGUAGUGGAUUAAUCCCUUUUUUUUGUGAAGCUAUUAUUACUGAAGCGCUCGCUCUUCUGCGCCGCUCUUUCAGAACUUUCUGCAAGGUAGGUAUAGUAAAGCAACGAAUAUCUCUCUCUUUCCAACCUCCUACCCACUCGUCCUGUUGUUCAAUCUAUAAGUAACACGAACAUGACAUGAGAUUAAAGUACUUACCCACCUC